CUUGUUCCUCCUUCGGUUGUGUGGCAGCGAGUGACAAGCACAUCCAGUGGCUCCUGGGGGCGGAUGGCGAUGUCUGGGUCUGGAUCAUGGGAGAGGGCCCUGGCGACAGGCCCUAUGAAGAGAUCUCGGAGGAGCUGAUUGCAGAGAGGGCGCGGCUGCAGGCACAGAGGGAGGCUGAGGAGCUCUGGAGACAGAAGGAGGCAGAAAUCACCAAGAAGUUCCGGGAUGCUCUUGCCAAUGAGAAAGCCCGCAUCCUCGCGGAGAAGUGGAAGGUGGAGAUGGAGGACCGCAAGGCAGCCAAAGUCCUGGAGGAGCGCAUCCAUGAGGAAUUCAAGAGGAAAGAGGCAGAAGAGAGGAAGCAGGGAGAAGAGCAGAUUCGCCUCCAGGAAGAGCAGAGGGCGAAGGAACUCUACUGGAGCCUGAAGCAGGCCCAGCUGCAGAGCCAAGCCAGCGAGAAGGAGGAACGCGAGUGGGAAGAGCAGCUGCGCAGGUCCAAGGUGGCUGACGAGGAGAGGAGCCGCCGAGCCCAGCGCGCCCGCGACGAGUACCGGCGCCACUCGCUCCGCGCCAUCCAGAAGGGCACGGUCGCCGGCCUCAGCUCCAGGUUCCGAGAGCUUGGCCAGAGCCACGAGCAGGAGGCCAGACUCUACCACCACCUGCCAGGCCCGGGGCCGCCGCCACCCCUCGCCGUGCCCGUCGGGACUUGGGAGCGCCCACUGCGUCCUGUCUCCAGAGAAGUCACAGUCCGCUGGUUUAAGGAGGAGCAGCUGCCUCGCCGAGCUGGCUUUGAGAGGAACACCAAAUCCAUUGCUCCCUGGUUCCAUGGAAUUAUUAGCCGAGAAGAUGCAGAAGGUCUCCUUGAGAACAUGACUGAGGGAGCAUUUCUGGUCCGGGUCAGUGAGAAAAUCUGGGGUUACACCCUCUCCUACCGCCUGCAGAAAGGGUUCAAGCACUUUCUUGUGGAUGCCUCUGGGGAUUUUUACAGCUUCCUGGGCGUGGACCCCAACCGCCAUGCAACACUCACUGAUCUCAUUGACUUCCACAAGGAGGAAAUUAUCACUGUUUCAGGGGGAGAGUUGCUGCAGGAACCCUGUGGACAGAGGGACAGCCCGCCAGACUACCAUCUGUUGUUUGAAUGAUUUUUUUCCCUUACCAGUUGGACUCCUUUGGGCAUCCUGUUUUUUUGAACUCAAGAAUGUCCCAGCUCAAAUCCUUGUGGCCUUCUGGAAGACCCAUUGCCACUGCUAGGGUUAAGUAGAGUUGAAUAUCUAAAGGGAUGUGAAAUAUAUAGCAUGUGUGCUACUGGUCCCCAUCCCCGAGCCCAGGACAGAAAUUGCUAAUAGUUCAUGCAACUCUCUCAUGAGGAGUUCAGAUUUGACCUCAGAAGAUGAAGCCUGUUAGUCACGGCUGCCCUAAGCUGAGCCCCUGGAGCCCACGGAUCAUGUUUUAAUAAUCCAAAAAAUUCUUUUGCCGAACUCUGAAUUUAACACAUGGUAGACAUUCAAUAAAUGUUUGUUGAAUGAAUGCACUUCUUUUGAAAGUCUUCCAAUACUGAUCAGCAAUGAUUUCUAGUUAAGUUAUGUCCUACUUGUCACUAUUUAUAAAGUUGUG